AUGAUCUCAGUACGCAGAACCGUUCAAAUUCUCGAGAGCCUGCGGGUGCAGUUUGUGACGAAGAGGUACAGCACUGUUGUGGAGGAGGAUGCGGCGCGAGUGGAUGCCGCACAGCAGAAGCAUCGGCUUCUGGUGAAGUACGGCAGCGUCGAGGAUUUUAUGGCCUCCCUUGAUGCGACCCAGCAAGUUGAGGCGGCUUUUGCUCUCAUCGCGGAUGCGAGGUAUCGGCCGAAGGCCUGGCACGUGGCCAGCGUGAAGGAGGUGGUGGAAUGCAUGAAGGACCAGCCAAUUUGGACGCGCCAUGCGACGCAGGUCAAGCCUGGCCGAAUUGGUCGGAUCAUAUGGAAGUUCGAGUGA